CUCUCUCUCUCUCUCUCUCUCUCUCUCGCCUCGCGUUAAAAGGCCCCUCUCUCCCUCUCAGUUCCAUUUCCUGUAGCUACGUGCAAGAAAGAAACACAGACGACCCACCCAAAUUUGAAUUCAGAGACUUUACUUAUUUGUAAAUGGUUGGUUAACGCCUUGCAAGUUUUUUAUUUGUUUACGUGUUUUGCGAAAUCAAACCAAAACCUCCCAACACAAAAUCAAACCAAAAUCCCCAUUAAUCAUAUUUGUUCUCUCUCUCUCUCUCUCUAUACAUCAAAAAGAAGAGGAAAGGAAGCAGGGAGUCUCAAGAAAUGGAUGCUCUUUGUCUGAAAACAACUGCGCCAGGGAUACACGGCCUAUCUUCCACCAUCUCAGCGGCUGCAGCCCUCGAUGUCCGUACGAGCCCAUCUCCGUCUCAGGUGAGCGCCAUCGGCUGCUCCUCCGCAUCUGGGAUUGACAAGUCAACCGUAACCGCGGCUCAGAAAAGGAUAACGCCGUUUUCCAGAUUCUCAUUCAAGCACCCUCUGAAAUCCUUAUGGCCUGGAGCAGCAAGAGGUGGUGGACCCGCCUACAAUGGGAUGGCUCUCGACGACGCCGUCCCCUUGUCCUCUAAGGAGGAGGGCGAGGAGGAGGAGCUCCAGAGUGCGACCAGGGCGUCGGACGGUCAAAGUGGGAACUGGGUUUUGAAGAUUUUGCACGUGAGGUCUCUUUCUCUACCCAGGAGAGAGGAACAGCAGGGAGGCAAGAGUGGCGGCGUUGCAGAGCUACCCACGGGAGAUAGAAAAACCAUGGUGGAUGAUGACUCGGAGGAAGACGAUGACGAAAAUAAUUGUUGUAGUGUUUCAGAUGAGGCCGAGUUUGAUAAAGACACGUUUCGUCGGUUGCUUCGGAAGGUCUCGUUGGCGGAGGCGAGGUUUUAUGCUCAAAUGUCGUAUUUGGGGAGCUUAGCUUAUUCCAUUCCUAAAAUCCAGACGGGAAAUCUUCUAAGAAGGUAUGGUCUGCGUUUUGUUACUUCUUCAGUAGAGAAGAAGGAAUUGACUGCUAAAACUGAGAAAGAUCAGGGGUCAGCUGAGAUUCGAGAAACUGAAAAAAACCUUAAGGAAGACAAGGAAGAAGAUGCGGAAGUAAAGGAGCAAAAGAACUAUGGAUAUCGAAUAAGUCCAUCUGCUGCUUAUCAUAUUGCUGCUUCUGCAGCUUCCUAUCUGCAUUCUCAAACAAGGAGCAUACUUCCAUUCAAAUCCUCAGAGACCGAGGCAGAUAAAGACUACCAUGAAGAAGGCAGUGAAAGAAGUGAAGCUGUUAAUAGGAUGAACUCAGAAGUGGCUUCUUUAAUGGCAACCACCGACUCAGUUACAGCCGUGGUUGCUGCAAAGGAAGAAGUAAAGCAGGCUGUUGCAGAUGACUUAAAUUCAACAAUUUCAUCACCUUGUGAAUGGUUCGUAUGUGAUGAUGAUCGAAGUGGCACCAGAUUCUUUGUCAUUCAGGGGUCUGAAUCACUAGCAUCCUGGCAAGCAAAUCUACUUUUUGAGCCCAUUCAGUUUGAGGGACUGGAUGUGCUUGUGCAUAGAGGCAUAUACGAGGCUGCGAAAGGGAUAUACGAACAGAUGCUGCCUGAAGUCCAUGCCCACCUCAAAUCUCGUGGUGACCAUGCAACCUUUCGUUAUACUGGGCAUUCUUUAGGGGGAAGCUUGGCACUCUUGAUAAAUCUCAUGUUGCUUAUACGGCUAGAAGUGCCAAUUUCUUCCUUGCUUCCUGUUAUUACUUUUGGUGCACCAUCCAUUAUGUGUGGAGGUGAUCAAUUGCUUCACAAGCUUGGAUUACCGCGAAGUCAUGUUCAGUCUAUUAUGUUGCACAGAGACAUUGUACCCCGUGCCUUCUCUUGCAAUUACCCAAAUCAUGUGGCAGAGCUUCUCAAGGCUUUGAAUGGGAACUUUCGGAAUCAUCCCUGUCUCAAUAACCAGAAGCUACUGUAUUCUCCAAUGGGGGAGAUGCUGAUUCUUCAACCAGAUGAGAAAUUCUCCCCAAAUCAUCAUCUUCUUCCAUCGGGCAGCGGUCUGUAUCUUCUAAGCUGUCCUCUGUCUGAUGGCAGUGAUGCAGAGAAGCAGCUCCGCACUGCACAGUUGGUAUUCCUAAACUCACCACACCCACUUGAAAUCUUAAGUGAUCGGUCUGCAUAUGGUUCAGAAGGAACCAUUCAAAGAGAUCAUGAUGUGAAUUCUUACUUAAAAUCUGUUCGCGGGGUAAUUCGGGAAGAGCUUAGCCAGAUCAGAAAGGCCAGGAGACAGCAGCGCCGCAAGGUGUGGUGGCCCUUGAUAGCACCCCGGAGCAAGCAUGCAGGAGGUGUGAUUGUGGGAAUCAACCUGGGGCAAGAAGAGCAAUUAAACUUUUCAGGUGCAUUACAGACCGGAAAAGAAUCGUUGAAACGGUUCAGUAGACUUGUUGCAUGGGAGCACAUGCAUUUGUUUGUGGUGCUUUUGGUGCCGGCGCGAUUGUUAGUCUUGGGAGCAUACAGCAUCAUCAGUUUCCGGUGACUAAGCAGUAACCUAGCAGUAUUAGGUUACGAGGCAUCAGAGGGGCGGGCGAUUCACGUUACGUUUCACGUUUUAUGGGUGGUGGGUGGGUGGCCGAACAAUUAGAUGAUUCUUUAUUCAAUUUGUUUGCUUGUUCGAAAUAGAAAGCAAAAUCCAGAGUGAGGGUGAUGUUUCUUGUUCCAUUCUCAUUUCUCAGAGACUUGACGAAUGUCGAGCUGGAUACUCCUAUGUAAACAAGAUGAAAUUAUUAUGAAUCUCUUGUUAAUGAAACAGACAUGUUUUGUACA